GUUAGAAGCUAGACAUACACUUGGCUAAGCGGAUCCGAACAUGCAGUGGUUGCCCGGAACUGCUGCAUGUAAGACGUUCCUGCGGCGCAGCAACCCCGCUUUCAUGCAACAUGAUGUAUCAAACGAGUACUCCGCAAUUCCCAGCCGUUCUCUGAGAAGUCGCGUUCCCGCUUAAGGUCCCGGCAGCCAAGCAAGGCAGCGCUCUCCCAAAAAUCGCAUCUAACGACAUGGAGGAAGAGACAUCACACCGGUACCUCUAUUCCCGCAUCGAGCCCGACGAGUUCCGCGUCCUCAGGAUCCUCGAGGUCUACCCUGAAAUCAGGUUUCGCAUGAAGACAUUCUCCAUCCACGACGCCCCUGAGUACCAAGCCCUGUCGUACGCAUGGGGUACCUCAACAGAGGAGGAAGAAUGUAUCUGCAACGACGCACGGUAUCGCAUCUCCCGGACUCUAGGCCAAGCCCUGCGGGGACUCUACAGGCACGCCAACUCGUCCUGGAUAUGGGUGGACGCCAUCUGCAUCAACCAGGCCGACGACGUGGAGAAGGCGGACCAGGUCGCCGGCAUGGGCGAGCUCUAUGCCUAUGCGGACCGGGUCCUGGUCUGGCUGGGCGAGGCCGCCGAUGACAGCGACCUCGCGUGUGUCCUGCUACCCGAGCUCACGGAUAGUAUUUGGACGUUGCGAGACUGCGAGGGAAAAUGGAAUCCUAUUAAGCUCGACGAUCUCGAGUCGCACCGACUGCCGGUUGCAUCGGAUCCGCUGUGGCGUGCCGCUUUCUUGCUGUACGCCCGGCCCUGGUUUCAGCGGCUGUGGAUCGUCCAGGAGAUCGUCCUGGCGCGCGAUGCGCUGUUCCUGUGCGGCAAGCAGAAACUCGAGUGGCAUGUUGUGGCUAACUUUGCUGUGGCAACCAUGAGAUCAGAGUUCGUUGGGAACCUCGCCGUGUUCCAUGUCCGAGACAUUGGGACUGACCAGGUAACGCGGUCGACCAACGGCAUAAAGCUCAUCCACAACUUGAUGCGGUUGCAGGAGGGGCUGGAGGAUCCCGGCAAGGAGGUUGGGGGGCUUUACGGGGCCAUGCAGGUCAUGCUGAGCCAGGCCGCGUCCGUUAAAGUGGACUAUGUCUACGCAGUUCUCGGUAUGCUGUCGGAGGCCAUACGGGAGAAGGUGGUGGUGGAUUACUCGGACGAAGUUAAACAGAACUACGGCCUGGUUCAUGCCAGCUUCUUCCGACUGUGCUUGGAGAGGGUCAAAGACUGGCCGUCAAUUCUCUUCAGUCCAACCACGGCCCGCUCAAAUGCCCCUUCAUGGUGUCCGGCUUGGGGCAGCGGCUGGAAUGCCGGUUACCUGCCCGUGGUGGCUUGCAGGGCUGGGAGGCCAAUCACAACGUCUUUCUUACCGUCCUUCAAUAGCCCACCUCAUGCAACUGGCGGAGGCGGCGAGGAGACCCUCCGUAUUACUGGGUUAUGUGUUGACACGGUCGGGGAUGUGUUUCCCUUCAAGCAAGUCAUUGAUGAGGUGACAGGUUAUAUGACUGCACGUCGAGUAUUGAACUUCAUCAAUGACUGUGCGGCCUACGUUCCUGACGGCGCCGACAACCACCGACGGUUUCUGGGCAUUCUCAUCGGCGAAUAUACCUGGUUCAAAAACCCUGUAUUCUUUGAUCUUCCAGAUAACGAUGUUCUGGACAGUCUUCUCGCAUUCCUGGAGCCUCUUGCUGAGAAGCAGGAACAUGAAGCCGCUCUCGACACGGAUAAACCCGCUCUCGACCCAGAUGAACAGCAUCGGUUCUGGCAAGGAAGGUAUCUCAAUCUUCUCUUGCUUCGAUGGCCAGGGAGAAGUUUCGGACUCACAACGAGCGGCCGUAUGAUGAUACUUCCGUGUGACGCGAAACCCGGAGAUACGAUAGGUGUCUUCCUGGGAGCGACACUUCCUCAGGUGCUCGCUCGACAUGAAGACGGCCUAUCCUGGAGGUAUAUCGGACCCGCCGUUGUCGACGGAAUCAUGAAGGGAGAGAUCUUCAAGACCAUGGAGGAUUGGUUGAGUAGGCAGGAAAGCUUCAGUUUGAGAUAGGAGUCAUUGCACCGGCUGGGUGUGGUCAACUACCGUAGGCUGGGAAAAGGCCGGUAGGCCUCGUAACCUUGACCCAGGUUGCUAAUCUGAUUCGAUAAUUAUGUCGUUUUCUGUGGCCGUGUUUCAUGA